AUGUCCAACCUCUACGGCACCCGCAAACGCCCCAAAUCCCCCUCGUCAACCCCCUCCUCCUCGACCCUCGCCUUCACAACCACCCUCUCCUCGCUGAUCGCCAAAGACUCCUCAACCCCCAGCAGUGGCGGCGCACGCCCGCGCCCCUCGAAAGCCGCCAAAUCCGACCUCUUCGCGCGCCCCAACAAAGGCGCCGCCAAACGCGUCGCGGCCGACCUCGCCGCCUCCGAAGAUGACCGCGCCUACGCGCAGCAGACGCACCAGCGCACCGCGGACCUGGGCGCCGUGGACGCCGCCACGCUGCACCGGUCGCAGCGGCGGAUGGAGGAGAAGGCGCGGAUGUACGAGGACAUGCAGCGGGGGCUGUAUCUGGCUGCGGAGAGCAGCGACGAGGAGGAGGGGGAUGGCGGGGAUGCGUAUCUGAUGCGGCUGCGGCGGAAGGAGCGCGAGGGGCUGGUGGAUUUCGAUCGGAAGUGGGCUGAUCGCGCGGGGUCUGAUGAGGAGGGCGAGGAGGAGGAAGAGGAAAGGGGAGACGAUGACGAUGCGUCGAUUGUCUCGUAUGAAGACGAGCUGGGGCGUACGCGGCGCGGCACGCGAGCUGAGGCUGCGCGCGCGGCGCGAGAGAAGGAACUAGCCCAGCGGGAUGGAGACGACCGCGUGAAUCACCAGGAGCGCUGGCGGCCCUCCCGCCCGGACAACCUCAUCUACGGGGCGACGGUGCAGACGGAGGCGUUCCAGGGGUCUGGGGCGAUGGCGGAUCUGGCGGCGCGGCGGGACCGGUCGCCGACGCCGCCCGGGGCGAUGCACUACGAUGCGGAGGCGGAGGUGCGCAACCGCGGCACGGGGUUCUAUGCGUUUUCGAGGGAUGAGGAGGAGCGGCGGCGGCAGAUGGAGGAGCUGAUGAGCGCGCGGGACGAGACGCAGCGGGAGCGGGAGGCGCGGCGGGCGCGGAGGGCGGUUCGUGAGCGGGCACGCGAUGAGCGGCGGAAGAAGAUUGAGGAGUUGCGGUCGAAGCGGCGGGCGGAGAUGUUCCUUGCUGGGUUGGGGGGGCCUGUUGGUGUGAUGGAAUGA